UUACAGGUGACAACAAUGGUGCUGAAUGUGGACUUACAGAGCUCAAAAUGCUACAAGAAGGUUAAGAACCUUCUCUGCAAAUUUUCUGAAAUACGAGAUCAGGAGUAUGAUGAGAAGGCAAACAAGGUGACAAUUAAGGUGGUGAGCUGCUCGCCGGAGAAGAUCAGGGACAAAUUAUGCUGCAAGGGUGGUGGAUGCAUCAAGAGCAUCGAGAUCGUAAAGCCAAAGCCGCCUCCGCCUCCGCCUCCGCCUCCGGAAACGCAUGUGAAUGUAUCUGUAGAUCUGCAAGUCCAAUGCGUUCAGUGUUAUGGGAGAUCCGUUUGCGACGGCUGGAGCGGUUGUGGAGAAACUCAACCAGGCUGCUCAAUCAUGUAAAUACUAAUAAUAAGACUGUGUUUGGUAUGCAGCCAAGUUAAAUCCAAUACUAAGAUAGAGUUUUGUCUUUAUUCUUUUUUGAGAACUCGGUUUGGAAUCCUGCCAAGUUAAGUCCAAUAAUAAGUAACUGUUGUUUUAUGAAGUGUGUGUUUAGUGGAUUAUGCAGGUGGGUAUUGUUUAUUAGCAAAAUUGUAUGUUACUUUUAUCUUAAUAAAGAAUUGUGCGUGAG